AUGGAACCGCCGGAGUCAACCGCCGCCGAGAAAAUAAUACUACGCUGGGACUCCACUGCUUCCGAGGACGCUCGGGAGAAAAUGAUCUUCACCGGUGACCGUCACGAAAUCGACCGGUAUCUCGAUGCCGUGGACGAGCUACAGAAAUCCAUGUCCUCUGCCACGCUAUCCGAUUCCUCCUCCUCCUCUGCCGCCUCAUCCACUCUCCAGAUCGCUAUGGCUCGGCUAGAGGACGAGUUCCGCAACAUCCUCCUUUUGCACACUUCACCUAUCGAGGCCGAGUCUCUCACCGAGUCAACUAACUCGGAGCUGACCUCUCAGGAAUUUGAGUUGAAAGAGGAGAUCGAGGAUACAAGCUUUGACAAACAGUUCGAGCAUCAGGAGAGCAACAGCAGCACCACCAGCAGCUGUUACAAGUCCACUAGCAGCAUAAGAGAAGUAGAUCUUAUCCCCAGCGACGCGGUCUACGACCUUCGCUGCAUAGCGGAACGGAUGAUUGCUGCGGGAUACUUGCGCGAGUGUAUUCAGGUGUACGCCAGUGUGAGGAAGUCUGCUGUCGACGCGAGUCUGAAGAAGCUAAAUGUUGAGAAAUUGAGCAUUGGUGAUAUUCAGAGGCUAGACUGGGAGACGCUGGAGACGAAGAUCCGGCGCUGGAUACGCGCCGCUAAGAUAUGCGUUCGCGUGCUCUUCGCGAGCGAAAGGAGGCUGUGCGAGCAGAUAUUCGAAGGUUUGGGAAAUUCUGCUGAUGAUGCAUGUUUUAUGGAAACUAUAAAAGGUCCUGCUAUUCAGUUGUUUAAUUUCGCAGAAGCGAUUAGCAUUAGUAGGCGAUCGCCUGAGAAAUUAUUCAAGAUAUUGGAUUUACAUGAUGCUUUGUCUGAUUUGUUGCCUGAUAUUGAGACUGUUUUCGAGUCGAAAUCAAGCGAGUCGAUUAGGGUACAGGCUGUUGAGAUAUUGUCUAGGUUAGCUGAGGCAGCGAGAGGGAUAUUAUCAGAAUUUGAGAAUGCAGUGCUUCGUGAACCUUCAAAAGUUCCAGUUCCCGGAGGGACAAUUCAUCCUUUGACUAGAUAUGUGAUGAAUUAUAUUAGUUUGAUUUCGGAUUAUAAGCAGACUUUAAUUGAAUUGAUCGUGUCAAAGCCAUCGACUGGGCCAAGAUAUUCAAGUGAUCCGACUGUGCCAGAUAUGGAUUUUUCAGAGUUUGAAGGUCAGGCUUCAACAUUGGCGCUUCAUUUGAUCUGGAUUAUUGUGAUUUUGCAGUUCAAUUUGGAUGGUAAAUCUAAGCAUUACAAGGAUGCUUCCUUGGCUCAUUUGUUUAUGAUGAAUAAUGUUCAUUAUAUUGUUCAAAAGAUUAAAGGGUCACCUGAGCUGAGGGAAAUGAUUGGAGAUGAUUAUUUGAGGAAGUUAACAGGAAAAUUCCGUUUGGCUGCAACUAAUUAUCAGCGGGCAACCUGGGUGAGAGUAUUGUAUUGCUUGAGAGAUGAGGGUUUGCAUGUAAGUGGAAGCUUUUCAUCUGGUGUGUCAAAAAGUGCUCUGAGAGAGAGGUUUAAGGCCUUCAAUGCUAUGUUUGAGGAGGUCCAUAGAACUCAAGCUACCUGCUUAUAG